AAAUAAUUUCAUGUUGUCAUAAUUGCACUACCAAUCGCGCGAACGGCAAAUGUCAGGUUGUCAAUGGGAGAAGUCUAAAGCUGUGUUUCCUCUUAGCUCUGGGAUAUGGGAAAAGCCAAGAAGCAAAGACAGGACUCGGAAGAUGAAGAUGUGGUUUUGCUCACUCAAACAUGGCUGCGCACGAAAUUAUGCCAAACCUCAUUACCGACUGAAAUUCAUGGGCUUAGUAAAGAAAGACGGGAGCUGUUGGAAUUGAUUAAGCGUACAGCCAUAUCGGGAGAGAGCAACUCUGUUCUUGUUGUCGGUGCUAGGGGAUGUGGAAAAUCUAUGCUUAUUAAAAGUGUCCUUGAGGAGCUAACACAUGAAACAACUGUGAGAGAAAAUCUGUUGCAAGUUCAUCUUAAUGGUUUACUGCAGACUGAUGAUAAAGUAGCCCUGAAAGAAAUCACAAGACAACUGCAGCUGGAAAACACCAUUGGGGACAAAGUUUUUGGCUCGUUUGCUGAAACUUUACAGUUCCUUUUGGAGGCUCUAAAAAGUGGCAGCCAAACAAGCAAGCCUAUAUUGUUUGUCGUGGAGGAGUUUGACCUGUUUGCCUUUCACCGGAACCAGACGUUACUAUACAACCUGUUUGACAUCUCACAGUCGGCUCAGACCCCUAUUUGUGUGCUCGGAGUCACCUGUAGACUGGAUGUUGUUGAAUUAUUGGAGAAGCGAGUGAAGUCCCGGUUUUCCCAUCGUCAGCUUCACCUCUUUACAAGUCUUACUUUUGAAGAGUAUCAGCAAUUGUUUGUGUCCGUUCUUUCCCUGGGUCCAGAUUUUCCUGACCAGAAACAUGCCAGCCAGUGGAAUAAGUCCAUGCAGGCCUUGUCCCGAGAUGCCAGUGUGGUGGAUGUGUUGAAGAAGCAGUAUGAGAUGAGCAGGGAUGUUCGCUCCCUCAAACAACUCAUGAUGUACCCAGUGUGCCAGCUGUGUGGGGACCACAAAUGGCUGGCUGCCGGAGACUUUCAGGAUGCCAUGCAAAUCAGUGCCACUGAUUCCAAGGCUGCUAUGCUGCAUGGUGUCUCUAUCCUGGAGCUUUGCCUCAUCAUUUCCAUGAAACACCUAAAUGACAUAUAUGAUGGUGAACCUUUCAACUUUGAAAUGGUCUACAAAGAAUAUCAAAAGUUUGCGCAGCGCCGAUCAUCAAUGCAAGUGUUUGAUAAGCCGGUGGUGCUUAAGGCAUUUGAGCACCUGAUUGCCCUGGAGCUGGUACGGCCACUAGAGAGCACUGGAGGUACUCGUGUACAGAAGGAGUACCGUCUCAUGUCCCUCCUUGUGCACCCCUCCCAGGUACUCACCGCGCUGCAGAAGUACCCGAAUUGUCCUACAGAGAUAUCCCAGUGGGCGUCUUGUUCCCUCGCUGUCUGACAGCUCGGGUCACCUAACUUCUACCUGAAAACUGUUUACAUAUCUGUGUCCUUAUCAGCUAUCAAUUAAUUCUUAAUCUUGGAUCUUAAAGCUGCACUCUCACAGAUUUACCGUUUUUACAACUUUUUAUUUUUUUGUCUUGGAAUGAGGAAAUUUUUGCGUAAAUAUCUG